GAGAAUAUAUAGCAAAAAGAGGCCAUGCAUGAAAGCUUAAAAAAUGUGAUUCUGUUUCCAUAAAAAAUGUGAUUCCUUCAGAACCUGUUGUGAGGCAAUUCCUGAUUUGUCACCUUUUACUAAUCUCUUCUUUUCAUGCUUUCUUCUUACCAUCUUCUUUAUAGUGUUUUGAUUCUUUCUUUUUUUCCUUCAGAAACAUCUUUUUCCUGCUCCUUCUUUUCACAUUUUUUGGUCUGCUUCUGACUCCGUUGCUAUACUAGUCUUUGUUACACAAGAAGUUCUUCACAUGGGAAUGAUCAGAAAAAAGAAGAAAAAGGAAAAAAGAAGCUUAUGCAGAACACCAGCCUUUUUUAAUCAGUUAAAGCAAAGAAGCAAAGCAUCUUCUCCUUACACAACAAGCUCCCUCCAAGUUUCUGUAUCUUUGCUUUUCUAUGUAAGUAUAUAUUCCAACUUUUCUUGCCUUCCAAUUAAUAACUAUGCUAUGCCCCUUUUUUCCUUCUUCCAUCUUUUCCUGUUUUAAUGAUAUUUUUUUCCCUGUCUUUCUGUGCAAAAAUAUAUGCUGUUGUGCACAACAUCAUCAUCUUUGUUUUUUUUCAAAUAUUGUUUGAAAUUUUAGAAUCUCUUCCUCCUUGCAACCUCCCAUUAAUGCAGAGCUUCACUUUCAUUCCUCGUUUCUCCAUUCAUUAGUACUUUUAUAAGCACAUUCAUUUUAAUUCUUUGCUGGAGAAGCUAUUCUUGGAGUUAUUUAAUUCCCAAAUUUUGGCCUUUCUUUUCUUCUUAUUUGGAGUUGGUGUAACCGAUUCAUCUUAGUGUGGUUGUUUUGUUUAGAAGAUUGAAAAUUUGAAACACAAUUGAUUCAUUCCAACAACCCAAGCAUAUUGGAAGUUGUCGGCCACUUUGUUGAGGAUUGAAUUUGCCAGAUUAUCGGGGUGAUUAUACGAACAAAAUGAACAUUUUAACAGGCACUUCAAAGAAUUCAUGGCAGCCAACUGUGACUGCAGACACAACUACUUCAAGUUAUUGGCUUAACUGGAGGGUGACUCUUUGUUCCCUUUGGAUUCUAAUAUCAUUGGUUUUUGCAUCGAUUCUGAUCUCGAAAUAUGAAUAUCCUCGCAACCAUUCAAGGGAAGGAAGUAGAGAAGCAUUAAAAGAAUCACCUGGAACUUUAUAUCAGGAUGAAGUUUGGAAGCCCUGCCUCAAAACCUUACAUCCUGCUUGGCUGCUUGGAUUGAGAGUUAUUGCUUUUUUAGUGCUUUUGUUGACGUUAAUCCUAAAUGUUGCCGUUGAUGGAGGUGAAAUUAUGUACUAUUACACUCAGUGGACAUGUACAUUGAUCACUAUCUAUUUUGGGCUUGGAUCUCUGCUCUCCAUCUAUGGAUGUUACCAGUAUCACAACAGAGUUGUUAAUAUGAAUGAGGAUGAUGGCCCUGAUAUGGAGCCUGGUGUACAUGGUGAAAACUCUAGGAUGUCUAACUAUGUUAAAAGCUUUGGCUCUAAUGAACAACAUGACAAGCAACUUGCUGGCUUUUGGAGUUAUGCUUUCCAAGUUAUGUUUCAGAUGACUGCCGGAGCUGUGCUGCUCACUGACUUUGUCUUUUGGGUUAUAAUUGUGCCUUUUCUCACCACAAAAGAUUAUGGUCUGAGUUUUUUAAUAGUCAGUAUGCAUUCAAUCAAUGCUGUUUUUCUGCUCGCUGAAACCGGAUUAAACUGCUUGCGGUUCCCUUGGUUCCGGAUUGCAUACUUUUUUCUGUGGACAGCUGUUUACGUGAUUUUCCAAUGGAUUGUCCAUGCUUGUAUGGCACUUUGGUGGCCAUAUCCAUUUCUCGAUUUAUCUUCUUCUCAUGCUCCAUUAUGGUAAGUACUCAUAACAAACUAUGUACAGUAAUAUCUGCUCGUAUCAGGACAAAUUCCAGAAAAGAAACCUCAUCUGCAUUUUGACACUAAACAUUCUUUUGGUAUAUCUUCUUGUAUGGAACUCUUUAUCGCAGGUACUUAUCCGUCGCAUUGUUGCACAUUCCAUGUUACAGUCUGUUUGUUCUGAUAAUGAAGCUGAAACAUUUUUAUCUAUCAAAAUGGUUCCCUCAAUCACAUCAGAGUCCUCAAUGAUCCCGCAUUGAGACAUCUUGAGAGAGUGACAUUUUCCCUCAGAAGUCCAAGUUGACAAUGAGAAGAACAAAAGUUUUGCACAGAUCGCGGAGCUGAUGUCAUGUGUUAGAUUCUGAUAAACUAUACAGCUAAAAUGAGACUAUAGCCUAUAGCAGGAUGUAGUAUUUUGGAUACUUGUAAAUACAUACAAAUAUUUGAGAACUGCAUUAAAGAUCUAAAAAACAGAAUUUCUCUGGUCCAGAUAGUUUAGUAGUAUUAUAGCAGCAUCUGGCAUCAGGUGUAUCCUCGAGUUCAACUUGGAAGAUUCAGGCGUACUCGCCCGUGCUUAUAUCGAGCAACUUCUAAGGUCAGUGACGAUAAGAAUCUAUGAGGUUACAUUCAGUGCUCCAAGGCAAGGAAUUUAUCAAUCAUUUUGGCCAAAAUAAUCAAUAGUGAAGAUGCUAAUUUUCUAAAACACUAUUCCGAAGAAUGAGAUGCAUGUAAUUUGGGACCUGCGAGCCCGGAGCCAUCUUGGGGCAAUGGACUUGUGCCCUUAAAAUAUCGAUGAGUGGUAUAUCUUGCAGUAGAAACCUAAGGAGUUGAUUGGAUUAAGAUAUUACUGCCACAUCUUGCAUCUCUACGGCUGAAAAUUCUUCGCGAGAACCCACGGGAACUGGCUUGUGAUGAGCCAUAAUGAUCCAUUUCAUCAUAAAUAUCCUCCUGAUGAUCAAAAAUUUCAAUUGUUGUAAAGGGAUCAUGUUUCCAAAGAGAGUGAUUAGGAACAUGUUGAAUAGCAAAAUGAAAACAAAAGGAACUCAAAUGAUACCUUUAGUAAUUCCUCAAUAACAUCUUCCAUGGUGAUUAUACCAACUACUUCCUCUUCAGGAGGGACAACCACUAGAGGAUUGUUACUUAAAUUCAAGAUCUCAGGGUGUGAUUCUCCUGACCAUCGCCUACUUCUGGAACUUUCUCGUCUUGAAACAUAGUCAAUCCCAGGCGAAGUCUUCAGAUUCCUCAGUGAUCUUCUGAAGCUUCUUUUCUGCUCAAGCCUUUCACCAUCAAUCUCCAAUCUCACUUCUCCUUCUGAGAAACGAGCUUCUUUCCGUGGAAAUAUGAAGAAAUUAAUAUGAGAUCGGGGGCAACCGGUAAUAAGUAUUGAUACUCACAUUGACAUUCUAUAGUCAUUGAUGUGUCACUACUUCCAAGUUUUUAUCACAUUUGUUAUCAUUUUGUUG